AAAAAAAAGAAAAAAAAAGAGAGAGCUUCUUACAUUAUUAAAAAACAAAAUAUACUUCUUCUUCUUCUUCUUUUCUCUUUUCUUUCGACUAUCAACAUCAUCUACCUACUUCUUUUAUUAUUUUUAUAAGAGAAGAAUUAUAUCAUCAUGACAGAAUCUGGAAAUUAUAUGCUUGGUUACCCUUCAGAGAGAUUCUUUGACAAGGAACAUCUUGUACAAAUGUUGAGUGAUGCCUGCAGAUCCAACCACCCCUCACCCUCACCCUCCUCUGAUGCACAGACUGUCUUCAGCAGCUUCCCUUCUCCAAUAUCAUCAACAGCCGGCGCUGGUGCCGGUUCUCUCAAUAACAGUCCAACUCUCUCAACCAUCAACCCAAUCCAUCUUCACGCCUCAAACUCCUUUCUCGACACCUUUCCAAACAUUUACCACCACCAGCCAAACCAAGUUCAGCCAACCGAAUCACUCGACCAAUAUGUUCAAUUCGAAGACGAUUCAAUGGCCUCCUCAACCACAACCACAACCACGAAUAAUACCAACAACAAUACUAGUAAUAAUAAUGACUCACAGUCUGUAUCCCCAAAAGAGACCAACCAAUUUUGCCGCUCUGAUCCAGCUACUCCAGACCCAACCGUGCGCCAGCAAGAAUGCUUCAAUUGCCAUGUUACCAAGACUCCUCUCUGGCGACGCACCCCUGACCGCGCCCACUCUCUCUGCAACGCAUGUGGCCUCUACUACAAGCAAUAUGGCAACCACCGUCCCCUUCAUCUUCCACAACAAACAAACACAGCAACAACAGUAACAACAGCAACAACAGCAUCAGUAGCCGACUCUCCUUCCCAGCAAUGUGCCAACUGUCUUCAGACAAACACCCCACUCUGGCGUAAGAAUGACCGGGGGGAAUCGGUUUGCAAUGCCUGUGGAUUAUACGCCAAACUUCAUCACCGAGACAGACCUGCUGCUAUGCGCAAGCCAACCAUCCAGAAGCGUCGGCGA